UGCACUCUAUGUGUUUGUAUGUGUGUGUGUGUGUGUGUGUGUGUGUGUGUGUGUUUGUGUGUGUGCGCAGUGAGACCCAGAUAGGGAGAUCAGACUCACCAGGACCCAGCUGUGUGUCUAUGAAGAGUGAAGAGUCUAUGGAUUUUCCACUAAUGUUUAAAGAGAAGAGAGAAUCCUCACAUGGACACGGUGUGCUUCAGCGAGCAGGAAACAAGACAGAACAAAAUAUCUUAAUCAAAGAUACAGGGUGGAAAUCUAUAAUUACUGAACCUCAUCUUCAGGAGAGAUGCAAAUUAAAUCUGCUAAAGAAGUUUCAGCAUGUAAAUGAGGUGAUAACAAACCAGGGAAACCCAACACUUCUCAAUGAGAUCUACACAGAGCUCUACAUCACAGAAGGAGACAGUGGAAAAGUCAAUAAUGAACAUGAGGUGAGACAGAUCGAGGCAGCAUCCAGGAGAGCAACAACAGAGGAAACACCAAUCAAAUGCAAUGACAUCUUUAAGCCCUUAUCUGAAGAAGACAAACCCAUCAGGAGCGUUCUGACAAAGGGAGUUGCUGGCAUUGGAAAAACAGUCUCUGUGCAGAAAUUCAUUCUAGACUGGGCUGAAGGGAAAACAAAUCAGGAUGUUCAUCUCAUAUUUCCACUUCCUUUCAGAGAGCUCAAUUUGAUGAAGGAUCGAAACCUGAGUCUGAUGGAACUUCUUCAUUUCUUUUUUAAGGAGAUAAAAGAAACAAACAUUUCCAGCUUGGACAAAGUUCUGUUUAUUUUUGAUGGUUUGGAUGAGUGUCGUUUCCCUCUGGAUUUCCAGAACACAGUGAGGUUGUGUGAUGUAACUGAAUCAGCAUCAGUGCAUGUGCUGCUGAUAAACCUGAUCAAAGGGAAUCUGCUUCCCUCUGCUCUCAUCUGGAUCACCUCCCGACCAGCAGCAGCUGAUCAAAUCCCCUCUGAGUGUGUCCAUCGAGUCACAGAGGUACGAGGGUUCAAUGACCCACAGAAGGAGGAAUAUUUCAGGAAGAGGAUCAGUGAUCAGAGCCUGAGCAACAGAAUCAUCACACACCUGAAAUCAUUAAGAAGCCUCUACAUCAUGUGCCACAUCCCAGUCUUCUGCUGGAUUUCAGCAACUAUUCUAGAGAGAAUGUUGGGUGAAGCAGAGAGUGGAGAGAUCCCCAAGACUCUGACUCAAAUGUACACACACUUCCUCAUCAUUCAGACAAACGUCAUAAAGAAAAAGUACACAAAGAACAGAGAGACAAAUAAAAAAAUGAUUCUGAAACUGGGUAAACUGGCUUUUCAGCAGCUGAUGAAAGGCAACCUGAUCUUCUAUGAGGAAGACCUGAUGGAGUGUGGCAUUGAUGUGACAGAAGCAUCAGUGUAUUCAGGGGUGUGUACACAGAUCUUCAGAGAGGAGUUUGGGCUUCACCAGAGUAAAGUGUACUGCUUUGUUCAUCUGAGCAUUCAGGAACACCUCGCAGCUCUAUAUGUGCACCUGAAAUUCAUGAAUGAAAAGAGAAAUGUUUUUAAAAAGCCAUCCUUGCUGAUAUUUGUGCGAAAAGUUACGAUCUCAGAUGUCCACAAGAGUGCUGUAGAUCAGGCUUUACAGAGUGGAAAUGGACAUCUGGAUCUUUUCCUUCGCUUUCUUCUGGGUCUCUCACUGGAGUCCAAUCAGAUCCUCUUACAAACCAUAGUGAGACAGACAAUAAGUAGCUACCACAGUAACCAGGAAACAGUUCAUUACAUCAAGGAGAAGAUCAGAGAGAAUCCCUCAACAGAGAAAUCCAUCAAUCUGUUCCACUGUCUGUAUGAACUGGAUGAUCAUUCUCUAGUUGAGGAAAUCCAACACUACCUGCAAUCUGGAAAUUUACAACAAAGCGAACUUUCUUCUUCUCAGUGGUCAGCUGUGGUGUUUGUGUUACUGACAUCAAUGCAAGAACAGGAUGUGUUUGUGCUUGAUAAAUAUACCAACAAACACUGUACACCAGACGCGGUUCUUCUGAAGCUCCUGCCUGUGGUUGCAGCAUCCAGAAAAGCUCAGUUUAAUAAUUGUGGCCUAAAUGAGAAAAGUUUUGCAGCUUUAGCCUCAGUGCUCAGAUCGGAAUCCUCCAAUCUGAGAGAACUGGAUCUGUCUGAGAAUAAACUCACAGACUCAGGAGUGAAGCGUCUCUCUGCUGUACUGAAGAAUCCUCACUGUAAACUGGAGACACUGAGGUUGUGUGAUUGUGGUGUCUCAGAUAAAGGCUGUGCUGCUCUGACUUCAGCUCUGAGAUCAAACCCCUCACACCUGAGAAAACUGGAUCUGUCUAAGAAUAAACUCCGAGACUCAGGAGUGAAGCGUCUCUCUGCUGGACUGGAGAAUCCUCACUGUAAACUGGACACACUGAGGUUGUGUAAUUGUGAUAUCUCAGAUGAAGGCUGUGCUGCUCUGACUUCAGCUCUGAGAUCAAACUCCUCACACCUAAGAGAACUGGAUCUGACUGGGAAUGAACUCAGAGACUCAGGAGUGAAGUGUCUCUCUGCUGUACUGGAGAAUCCUCACUGUAAACUGGACACACUGAGGUUGUGUGGUUGUGAUGUCUCAGAUGAAGGCUGUGCUGCUCUGACUUCAGCUCUGAGAUCAAACCCCUCAUUCCUGAGAGAACUGGAUCUGUCUGGGAAUGAACUCAGAGACUCAGAAAUGAAGUGUCUCUCUUCUGUACUGGAGAAUCCUCACUGUAAACUGGACACACUGAGGUUGUGUGAUUGUGGUGUCUCAGAUGAAGGCUGUGCUGCUCUGACUUCAGCUCUGAGAUCAAACCCCUCACACCUGAGAGAACUGGAUCUGUCUAAGAAUAAACUCAGAGACUCAGGAGUGAAGUGUCUUUCUGCUGGACUGGAGAAUCCUCACUGUAAACUGGAGACACUGAGGUUGUGUUAUUGUGAUAUGUCAGACGAAGGCUGUGCUUCUCUGACUUCAGCUCUGAGAUCAAACCCCUCACACCUGAGAGAACUGGAUCUGUCUGGGAAUAAUGUCAAAGACUCAGGAGUGAAGUGUCUCUCUGCUGUACUGGAGAAUCCUCACUGUAAACUGGAGACACUGAGAUUGCGUUAUUGUGAUUUCUCAGGUGAAGGCUGUGCUGCUCUGACUUCAGCUCUAAGAUCAAACCCCUCACACCUGAGAGAACUGGAUCUGUCUUGGAAUGAACUCAGAGACUCAGGAGUGAAGUGUCUCUCUGCUGGACUGGAGAAUCCUCACUGUAAACUGGAGACACUGAGGUUGUGUAGAUGUGGUAUCUCAGAUGAAGACUGUGCUGCUCUGACUUCAGCUCUGAGAUCAAACCCCUCACACCUGAGAGAACUGGAUCUGUCUGGGAAUUACCUCAGAGAAUCAGAAAUGAAGCAGCUCUUCAGUCUUAAACUACAGGACUUGAGGUUAUGAAGAAUUUUCAUCUGAUGCAGAUUCCAGAGAAGAUAUUUUUAAUGAAAUGUGUUCGACUCACAGCGGCAUUUCCUGAACAUUUAUUUUCUCACACUGAGAAAUAAUCUGAAUUAAAUGUAACACAUUUCCACAAAGUGUAGGUGCAGACAGUGUGUCUAAGAUCUAAAGAACCUGUGCUUGCUUGGUGUGAUUCUUCAUCAUCAUAGGACUUUACAGAAUGGUGUUACAGCACUACUAUCAGGAAUAAACACUUACUGAAGAUCAAUUCUUUAUUUUUAUUAUUACACAAUUCCACUGUUAUACCCUACAGAAUCCAGACAUCAUGGCAGAACACAGGUUCUGGUUAAGGUUCUAGUUGCUCUGGUCUACACUCCAGCCCAUGUCUUCCACCACCCCACCACUCUAUCACAUCAUCUGGUUGGAAGACUCUAAAAUCACCAUGGCUGAAGCCAUGACUAUUUCCUCAACAUGCUAUUGCUGCUCUGUGUUCUCUUUCCUGUAAAUACUGCUUUGUUUA